GCUGUCAACGGAACGAAAGUGCCUGCAACCACAUCGACCCCUGCCUCAUCCCCGCCCAGCGACCAGAUGGUGCUCAGCCAGAGGGUCGCCAACUAUUGGCCCUCGUCGCUUCGACCAUGUCGACGCCCUUAUCAUCUGCCCCGCGUGCUACCCCAGGCAUGAGCGUCCCCGCGACCCAGAACACCGCGCCCGUCAUCAAGUUUCGAUGUCUCUACACCCACGAUAUGCGCCGUAAAGCCAAACGCUGGCAAGAUGGCUACCUCAGAUAUCACACAUUUAACAAACGCAUCAUGGCCUACGAUUUUACGGGAAAUUUCAUUGGCGACCUACACUGGCGACAGGGGGACGCAAUCCAGGAUGGGGACGAGCUGGAACUGGAUAGAGGAGUGUUGAUUCAAGUCUGCGAGCCAAUGGAGAAGACGGAGACCGAUAUUUCGGGCCUCAUCAGCAAUAGGAAAAGCCAGGGAUCCCCAUCACGGCCGGAAGAACCGCCGACCCCGUCUUUGCGCACGUCCACUCCUUUACGAUCCUCGAUCGGCUCUCAGUCGUCUCGCUCCCUCAAUGACCUGCUGGGGAUCAAGAAGACACCUAUCGGACGUCUCGUCUCCCCGUAUGAAGAAAGACAUCCGCCGGAGCAGAGUACAGAUCAUGCACAACCACCUGAAAGAGCUGUAAAGAGGCAAAGGCUUGCACCGGAGAACGUACCGCGUGCGCAUGGUUCAAGUCGGGCCCAACCCGUAACUAUUGAUUUAUCGGAGGAGCCUCCUGCAGUCAAGCCAACAGCUGCAGCUGCUGAUACUGAAUCAGCAGCGCAACCCAAGAAGACGCCAAGCUCAGUGAGAGCUCCAGCCACAGUAUCGUCGGACAAAACACCGACUAGUAGAACUCAGCCCAUUCCGAAAACCCAGAACCCCGUCAACGAUGCCCCUCCACUUGCCAAGAAGUCCUCGACAAUUCGUGUGGAUGCUCCAGUCAACACUCUUAGGUUGUCCACGGAGCGCCCGAGGAGAAAAUUGAUGUAUAGCGCCUUAUUACCUGGUCAAACAGCCGCAAAAGUAUCCCUGCCCUCCCCCUUGUCAGAGAAGACAAACGUGCCCGUGCGAGAGAAGCCGCAGUUAGUAUGUUCCUCAUCUUUCUACCAGCGCUAUGGACUGACGGCUCCAGGGAGAUCAACCUGACAAGACCCGAUCCUGUGCCAACGAACCCUGAUUUUAUACCCUCUGCUUCAACGCUUGCUGCGUUAGAUGAGAUGCCAAGUGAACCCACACGUGGCCCGGACAGGACUCUACCAAAGUCCGGUUCGACUGGCCUUCGCAAGUCAUACUCGGACCCCACUGCGUUAACCACCGCAAAUAGUGCCCGACCGCGAUCACUACCUUUUAAAAGCCCACUCAAUCGUUGUAUAGAGGAAGAUGAACCCCGUGAGCAAGGACCCUGGACUUCCGAGGCACUAGACCUUUUCGACUUUUGGCCGCCUGGGCGACCGAAACCUAUUUGAUUUACGUUUAUGAUACCCUUCAGAUUUUGUAUACCAUUAUCACAGAUUUUCUCAUAUAACUACGCGUAUGAAACCAGUGUCGUGAGAAAAUUCUUUUAUGGCUUUCGCGAGGAGUUACUAU